AUGGCUUUGGAGGAAGGCUGUAUGUCUCUAACUGAGUCGCGAUGCAAGCAUAUCCUUCAGCCCUUGGAAGACAUCGACGGUGAACGUGACGGCAAAGACCGAGGAACGUUUCGGCUGUUGAAGACUGUCUCCAUUUUUCUCAGGCUCCGUGGAUUUCAGCGUGGAGAGCCACCUUUCCGAGAGAUGAUCAUUGAUGGUCAGCCCUUGGUGGGCAAAGGGUGCCGUGCUUUGGAGCAAGCCGUUCAUUUGGCACGUACGUCAGCGAGGCUCAGGCUUAUCAAUUGCCAUUUAGAUGCCAGCGAGGCCUGUGUGGCCGAGGUCAUUCGGCUUGUGACGAAGAUGUUGGGCACUGGAAGUGGCAGCUACUUCUUAGAAGAGCUCAACUUGUCUGAGAACAGUUUGGGUGAUGAUGCCGCUGGUCGCAUCAUUGAAGCAGCUGUGCGGGACCGCUGCCGUCGGGAUGAUGCCACAGCCUUAUGGCUCGAUCUGAGUGUCAAUCGCAUCAAGAACCCGCAGUCGCUGUUCCAGAAAAUGGAGGUUGGGGUUGACCUGGAUUGCUGUUACUGUAGUGUGCAGAGCGUACAUGGUUCUGCGCUCAAGGUUGUUGGAGGUGACAUUUUCCAACACGCAAGUAAGAUAGACGUUUCUCUAUUUUUUUUUGAUAGCAGUCACUGA